AUGAAUACAGAAUAACCUUUUGCCUCUCCUUGUGUUAGGCAGAGGAAAGACAUGGGAACAUCGAAGAACGUUUAAGACAACUGGAAAGCCAGCUCGAAGAGAAAAAUCAAGAGCUUUCACGGGCUCGUCAACGAGAAAAGAUGAAUGAAGAGCAUAACAAGCGUUUGUCGGAUACCGUUGAUCGAUUGUUGUCAGAAUCAAAUGAACGACUCCAGCUUCACCUGAAGGAACGAAUGGCUGCGCUGGAAGAGAAAAAUACACUAAUCCAAGAAGUGGAAAAUACAAGAAAACAGCUUGAAGAAUAUCACAUGGACAAGGAGAGGCUGGCGAACGAAAUAGGGAAGUUAAGGACGGAAGUGGAGCAGCUGAAAUUGAAGACGGGGGCGUUUGCAGAUAGUGUCCAUCCACGAGCUCAUCUGGGCAGUGCAACAGAUUUGCGGUACACUCUUAGUUCCGUGGUAGAGACCCAGCCAGAGCUGUAUGGAUCGCCAGCAGUACUACGACGAGCUCAGAAGGGGCGCUUCACCUCUAUGCGGGAGGAACCUAUUAAGAUUCAAACUCUAAAUGAACAGGAAUGGGAAUGCGCUCAACCAGCGAACGUUCUGACAAGCACUCCACACGCUUAUGAAAGUGACCCAGAAAUGUCUGACAUCGACGACGAGGAUGCAGAGACGAUGUUUAGCUCGGCCGAUCUGCUUUCACCCAGUGGGCAUUCUGAUGCUCAGACGCUGGCCAUGAUGUUACAGGAACAACUAGAUGCCAUCAACAAAGAAAUCAGGAUGAUCCAGGAGGAGAAGGAGUCCACUGAGCAACGUGCUGAGGAGAUUGAGUGCCGUGUGGGGAGUGGGAGCAUGGACGGACUGAACUUAACGCGCAUCCGGACAGGGACCUCCAUUCCAACGUCUCUCACUGCCCUGUCUCUCACCAGUUCUUCUCCGCCUGUCAGUGGGCGCUCCACACCUAAGCUCACUCCUCGCAGUUCCUCCCAUGACUUGGACCGUAUGGGCAUCAUGACACUGCCUAGUGACUUAAGGAAGCAUCGUCGGAAGUCUCCAGUCGCAAGGGAUGACAACCGUGAAGAUAAAACGACAAUCAGAUGUGAGACAUCACCUCCUUCAUCUCCGCGCUCCAUGAGACUGGAAAAACUCGCCCACUCCCUGCAGUCAACGAGUCAAGAAGAAGGGCGAGGCACAAUGACAGCCGAGGAGCUGGCGAGCAAUCCCAGCAGCAACAACAGCAGUCAGGACUCGCUGCACAAAGGUUCAAAGAAGAAAGGCAUCAAAUCAUCUAUAGGCCGUCUGUUUGGCAAAAAAGAGAAGGCGCGCCUGGGCCAGCUGAGCAAGGAAAUGGCUUCUGUUCAUGGAUACGGAUAUUUUGGUGGCAUGUUGGAUGCAGAAAUGACUAUUCAGGACUCCCUUACUCUGGGAAAACUUGGAACACAAGCAGAGCGAGACCGAAGGUUAAAGAAAAAGCAUGAAUUACUGGAGAGCGCUCGGCGGAAAGGCAUGCCAUUUGCACAGUGGGAUGGAGCAACAGUAGUGUCAUGGCUUGAGCUGUGGGUGGGAAUGCCAGCCUGGUACGUGGCAGCCUGCCGAGCCAAUGUGAAGAGUGGUGCUAUCAUGUCGGCUUUGUCCGACACAGAGAUACAGAGGGAGAUCGGAAUCAGCAAUCCACUUCAUCGUCUCAAGCUGCGACUGGCCAUACAAGAGAUGGUGUCACUAACAAGUCCAUCAGCUCCAACAACAUCAAGAACGUCCUCUGGAAAUGUCUGGGUGACUCAUGAGGAAAUGGAAAACCUGGCGGCAUCAACAAAGACGACUCUGGCUUAUGGAGAUAUGAAUCACGAGUGGAUUGGUAAUGAAUGGCUGCCCAGCCUUGGAUUGCCCCAAUAUCGCAGCUAUUUCAUGGAGUGUUUGGUGGAUGCUCGGAUGCUUGACCAUUUGACCAAGAAAGACCUGCGAAUGCAUUUGAAGAUGGUUGACAGCUUUCAUCGCACUUGUUUACAUUAUGGUAUAAUGUGUCUGAAGAGACUAAACUAUGACAGAAAGGAUCUCGAGCGGAGGAGAGAAGAGAGUCAACAUGAAAUGAAAGAUGUGUUGGUGUGGACUAAUGACCAAGUCACUCACUGGGUACAAUCCAUUGGACUUCGCGAAUAUGCAAACAACAUUGUUGAAAGUGGAGUACACGGAGCCUUGGUAGCCCUCGAUGAAAAUUUUGAUUACAACAGUCUGGGAUUACUAUUACAAAUUCCCACACAAAAUACUCAGGCAAGGCAGGUCUUAGAACGUGAAUUCAACAACCUGUUGGCCUUGGGGACAGAGCGGAAAUUGGACGACGGUGAUGACAAAAGUUUCAGGCGGGCACCAUCAUGGAGAAAACGUUUUCGGCCACGAGAGGUCCAUAGUAUUGCCAUGAUGGCCGGCUCUACAGAAACACUACCAGCAGGGUUCAGGGUUACAGCAAUGUCCAGCCCAGCUCCAUCAGUGCAGCCGAUGAAAAUUCAACCAGAAGUUUAGAGACACAGCGUGGAAACAAGCUCUUCGGCCCACCGAGUCCACGCCGACCAGCGAUCACUAGUACACUUAUCCUGCACAAUAGGAACAUUUUACAGAAGCCAAUUAACCUACAAACCUUCACGUCUUGGGAAUGUGGGAAGAAACUGGAGAACCCGGAGAAAACUCACGUGGUCACAGGGAGAACGUACAAAGUUUGAACACCUGUAGUCAGGAUCGAACCUGGGACUCUGGUGCUGUAAGGCAGCUACUCUACCGCUCGGUCACUGUGCCGCCCUGCUUUACUUUAGACUGACCUGCGAAUUCUGGACACCCCAACUAGGAAAAUACAAUCCUGCAGAAAAUGUGAUGAUAUUGUGAGGAAUUAGUCGAAGUAGAUGGAAAGGACCUGGAGAUAGGCUUAGUCUGACUAUAGAAGGUUCUAGACUCCAGAACCCUCAAUUUUCAUUUGCAUACAGUGCUUGGCCACUGAGUAAUCUUAUAAAGGGAAAAAAACCCAUAGACACUAGAGAGUGGGAAGAGUUAACUUUUUAAGUGAAAGACUGUCCGUUGAUGUUUGUUUGAAGCUUGGGUACUUAUCUUUGUGCUGAUCUCCAGGAAUAACUUGACAUAAUUAUUGCAUGUUGUGUGAAUUUUUUGAUGCUGUCGUAUGGAAACACAGUUGCUACAUCAGGGACACAGAGGUUAGACACAUCAACUGUACGCACAUACUCCUGCUGACAUCCAGAUCAGUCAGUGAGUCAACGGUGAAUAAUCGGUGAGUAUGUAACUUUUCCCUUCUGCUUCUCGUGGCUGUUGGAUAGAACAGUAGGGAACUUUGGUGCAGUACAUGAAAAGUUACACACAGGUACUUCCAGCAAUUUUUUUUUGUGCCAUUAUUUUUGUUCCAAAGAGAUUAUCUAAAUCUUCAAAUUGAGCAUGUGGAAAUGAUAUUAUAAGGAUUUGUCAAAAGCUGCCUGUUUUUUUUUAAUUGUCUAACUUUAUCCAUAUAUUAUUGAAAAACUAGGCGUGUUUGUUGCAGAAGAUAUAGUGAGUGGCUAGCAUUGGUUAUUUACUCUGAAUGAGCUUCUGGAACUCAGAGGAGAAUGAAUCUUGAAUCCCACUUUACAUUGACUAAACUGAAUUAAGUAUCCAUUGAAUAACUACUGUAAACCGGUUUGCUUCUCACUAUCAAGAUUACAGAUCAUUUCCCAUUCUCCCACCAAUCGACUUCUCUGAUCCAUCCCCUUUUCUUCUGGUACAGAGUCUCAAUUUGCUGGGAUGAGGUUGUGUCAACCAAUCUAUUGCACAGUCUCAAUUUUGUUAUUUGGACAAGUUUAAAGAACUAAAGUUAUUUCAUUGUAAUUAAAAAAACACCUCUAGUUUACAGGUUGGGCAGGUACAACAUUAUUACGUUCCAGAAAGCAUGAAGUAAUGAGUUUAAUGGUUCAAUAUUGAUUUCACAUAAAAUUUCAGGUUUUACACGAUAAUGUUUUGACAAGCUCUAUCCUAUCCCUCUAGCCUCCCCCUGCCCCCAAACUAAAAUAAGAGCAUAGAUGUAUUAAGCUGUCUAUUUUGUUUGUAGCAUCUUGACCUUCCUCGCUAAACUCUUCAAGAAUUUUCUUAAAAGUGCCUUUCAGCUUCUAAAACAUUCUGAAUUAAAUUAAUUCCCAAAAUAAAGCAAUCCGCAGGUGUAUUCAAUAAGUGUGUGCUCCUUCAGAGCCUGAGAGUACUUAGAAAUAUCCAAUGUUCUUACCUCAGUAUGUCAUCUGAUGAUUCUCCCUCUGCAACAUGUUAGUGCAUUGAUGUCAAAUGAGAGUUGAAUUGAGCCAACCUGCGGUGAUUGAAUAAGCUCGAGCCGUUUUCAUGUCAGGAUAGCAUGGCAAUAUGAGAAGAAUAUUGGAGGACUAUUGUGGGAAACCAUUUCCCGGAAAGGAAUAAUAUCUUCAUGAAAGCGGAAAGCCAGUUAUGAAGGAUUAUAAUUAAUAAUUGAUCAUUUGUCUCCUCCAGUGCAUUCCCACUACUUGUAUGGACAUAUGCUCGCUGCCUUUCGGGAAUAAUCCACUACAUCUCUGUGAGAUCGACAAUGGAGAUCAAAUGCUGUUGCACAAAAAAUAGAAAGGCAUAGAAGAUUUGAAUGUAUGUUGAACAUGAAUGGGCAAUAGUUUACUUGGGCUCAGAAAAUGUCAUAUGGAUACACAGUUAUUACAUUAUCAUUUUAUUUAUCUGGUAACAACUUUCUUUGUGGAAUUAUCCUUUACAACGCUGGUUGAGACUUUUAGGGUUUCAUUUUUGAGAUAUUUCACUGUAAUAUUGUUAUAAUCAAAGUACGGUAUGUAGUAAGAUUCUGUCAACUUUUAACCUCAAGUACAGUCAUUGUAGUUUCAUUGGUUGUAGUAUUUUUUUCCCCAAGUGUAUCAUAUCUGCUAUAUGUAAGCGUAUGGCCAUGAAGUAAUGCAAGUUUUUUUUAAUGUAAAUGUACCUGUAUAUAAAUAUUGCUCACUGUAACAGCGUUUUUUUAGAUAAUUUAAUGGAAUUUGAAAAAUAUAGAUUCAACCUAAAUGCUGUCUUAAUUAUUGAUGUUGUUGCCAUUUUAUCUUGCUGAUAUCUUGCAAGAACAUCUUGUUAUAUUUGAUGAGCAUUUGUUCAUUAUCAAUGAAUUGUGUGCAAGUAUGUGUCCACCAUGCCAAUUGCAGCACAUGAUGUGAUGAAUGGAUAGCUUUAUUAUUUUCUUUUUGAUAAUUGUGGAAAUAACAACCAUUAAAUCGUGUCCUGUCAGUAAGGCAUUGAUUUUCCAAUUGGCAUCAAUUUUGGGCUCCCAAAGUCUUGUUCCACUGAACAUUAAAACAAAAAGUUUUGACUCCUUAUGCGAAUACAACUGGGUUUCAACUUAGCCUUGUGGUUGGUUACACAAGGCCUUGUUUCCUAUAUUUUUUCACAUCAUUUGCUGUAUUUAUUUCAGUUAUCUUCCUUGAAAUGCAAAUGCAACUAGUUUUCUCCCUUCCUCAUUUCCUCUCAUUCAUUAUCGAAUGUACAGACUCGAUUGGAAAAGAUACUCUUGAGAGUAUUAAGAGACCACAAAGUAACACAGCAUCCAAAUGCUUUUAACCUCCAAUGCUGAUCAUUCUGAUUUCAGAUUCCCAGGUGUAAAUUCGACAAUUCACAAUAUUUUGAAAUGAGCAGUUUCUAUCGCAACGUCAUCACAUAUUGAUAAAGUUGUAGGAUUAAAAGAAUAUCAAUUACAGUUUGAUCAAAAGAUGCCUUGUCUUGUUUAAGCUAUCAGCUAAAUGUUUCCAGUUGUAAUCCCAUUUUUUAAAAUAUACUGAAAAAAAUCAGAAUCAAAGCAUUUUGUCUUUUUCCCUAUUUUAAGCAGAUAUAAUAAUCUAAUCAUUAUUGAAAUGUUGCAGAUACAUGCAGUUAAACUCAUUACAGGGAGACAGGGAAACGAUUUUCCAAAGUAUAAAAACAAAGUAACACUUUACCAGAUAUUUCAAGAGGAAUUUAACAUGCUUCUUCAACAUGGUUAAGCACUGGCACUUUCUGUUCUGUUAGUCUUUGUGACUAUCCCUCGAAAAAUAGUGACCAUUGAAUACUUUUAUGAAGAUUAACAAAAUGUUGAUCCUAUUUUAUAAAAUUCAUUUUAAUAAAUUGAUAAAUAUAUAUUAUAUAUAAUCCUUCAAAGCUGUUGAAGUGUGCAUCUUUUUAAUUCAGCACUUUUUGGAAAUAAGUCAAAAUGUUUCUUGGACAUGAGUGUUUUGCAAAUACAAUAAAGAAAUGCACUCAUUUUAACAUUUUAAUUCCCAAGUGCCGCAAAACUAAAGUAAUGUUUUCUUCCUAUUUACUGAGUUCAGCAUGAGGUGACAUGUAGGGGUUGUGUAGGACCACAGAAUGAACUGACCCUAAGAUUUGCUUAUUAUUUCCCACCUGUGAAGAGCAGCAGUAUACGCUGAAGUCCAAAACGAACAGGACUUCAUAAAUACCCAUUAACAGCUGUGAUCUUAUAACAGGUUUUAUUGAAUUCAUCCUAUACAUUUUGGACAAUGUCAUCAGAACCUUCCAAGUCCAAUUUUCACCUCUCUAGUAAAUUUGAAAAUAGUCUCUGGUUCCUUUCUCAGUUCAUGGAGGAAAGCAUAAUAAAAUUGCCUGAAAAUAACAUGUAAUUAUGAGAAGGCAUUGAAUUAAAAACAUUGCUCCAUAUUUCAUACUCAAAAUAAAUUAAUAGCUAGAUUUGAACGUUCUUAAUAAAAUAAAUGAAAAUC